AUGGCUUCGGACGAAUCCCAUGACGCCGCGCCCGAUUUGCGGAUUCUGGGCGACAGCAUCACCCUCCAACCUAGCGGAUAUGUUGAACCCGAGGUGAAAGAUGACGAAGCGCUCAUGAAGCACAUGGCCCGCUUCCGCUCAGAACCAUUACGCUUCCUCCGCGAGGUAUCCCUCUACGUCUCCGGGACAGGCUGGCGCGCCUACGACAGCGUGAUCGGCCAACCCAUCUUCUACUCCGGCUUCUCCGAGCACAUCAAGUCGCAGAUCAUGUCCGCCCCGCUCCUUGAGACCAAAAUUGCGCAGUUGGCCGACAUGCGCGUCGCCGUGGAGGAGAAAGAGGGCCUACUAAACACGAGUGACAAGGAGUUUGUUGCCAAGCGUGCCCAUCGACGCAGCGAGCUCAUCCAGGGCCUGAGGGAAGUCUCUGAGAAGCUGACGGAUAACAUGAUUUGCAAGUUUGAGAGCAAGCCGUUCAUCCGCGGGGCGUAUUACUUGGUGACGCAGUUGUUGCUGAGGGCGUAUCAUCAGGGGAUUCACGUGUCGAGUGAGGAGGUGUUGCGGUUGCGCGCGGUGGCCGAGGAGGCGGAGAAGAAGAACCAGAGUAUCAUCUUUCUGCCGUGUCACAGGUCGCAUGUGGACUAUGUCUCGAUGCAGCUGCUUUGCUACCGGCUCGGGCUGGCCCUGCCGGUGGUUGUUGCGGGCGACAACUUGAACUUUCCCUUGGUUGGGAGUUUCUUGCAGCACGCCGGCGCCAUGUACAUCCGCCGCUCCUUUGGCGAUGACCAGCUGUACACCACUCUUGUGCAGAGCUACAUCGACGUUCUGCUGCGGGGUGGCUACAACUUCGAAUGCUUCAUCGAAGGCGGCCGUUCACGAACCGGAAAGUUAUUGCCGCCCAAGUUCGGCAUCCUCAACUUUGUCCUCGAUAGUCUUCUCUCCGGCCGGGUCGACGACGCCAUCAUCUGCCCCGUUAGCACCCAGUACGACAAGGUUAUCGAGACCGAGGGUUAUGUUACGGAAUUGCUGGGCGUGCCGAAGAAGAAGGAGAACCUGGCGGAUUUCCUCAGUGGCGGGUCGAGUGUGCUCUCGCUCCGACUCGGGCGCGUCGACGUCCGAUUCCAUGAGCCGUGGAGUCUGCGGGGGUUUAUCAACGAGCAUUUGACCAAAAUGGCUUCGGUGCCGUCGUCCAUUAACGUGGACUGGACGGACAUGAAGAGCCAGGUGCUCCGCCAGAAACUGCUCCGGACUCUGGGCUACAAGGUCCUCGGCGACAUCAACGCGGUGUCGGUGGUGAUGCCCACGGCUUUGAUCGGAACUGUCCUGCUCACCCUCCGUGGGCGCGGUGUCGGGCGAACAGAACUCGCCCGGCGUGUCGAGUGGCUCACAGCCCGAGUCCGAGCCAAAGGCGGGCGUGUGGCCCACUUUGGCGACGCGCCGCUAUCCGAGGUCAUCGAACGCGGCUUGGACGUGCUGGGCAAGGACCUCGUGGGUGUGGUCGAGGGACUGGCCGAGCCAACAUACUACGCCGUCGACCGGUUCCAACUCUCCUUCUACCGCAACAUGACCAUCCACCUGUUCAUCUCGGAAGCCCUCGUGGCCGCCGCGCUGUACACGCGCGUGAAGCAAGGAGGCGGGCCAGCGGUCCAGGAUAUCCCGUACAAGGACCUGGCGGACCAGGUGCUGUUUCUCUCGUCGCUCUUCCGCGGCGAAUUCAUCUACUCGGGCGAGGGCCUGGCGCAUAACUUGGAGAAGACGCUUCUGGGGCUCGAGGCGGAUAAUGUUAUUCUUAUCGAGCGCGACGAGCGUGGCAAUAUUGCCAAGCUCGGCCUUUCGGACGCAGAGCGGGCUGCCGGCCGGGAGAAUUUUGAUUUCUACUGCUUUCUCAUCUGGCCGUUUAUUGAGGCCAGCUGGCUGGCUGCCGUGUCGCUGGUGGGACUGUCGCCGCCGCUGGGCCAAGACGGGGAUAUCUGGUUGCAAGUGUCCAAGGCGCAGGACAGCGCGCAGUUGCUCGGCAAAACCCUCUACCACCAAGGCGACCUCUCCUACUUCGAAGCCGUCAACAAAGAAACCCUCAAAAACUCCUACCAACGUUUCGCCGAAGAAGGCAUCCUCCAAAUCGUCAAGUCCAAAGACUCCCGCGUGCCCCCCCGCCUACGCAUCGCCCCCGAAUGGCGACCCGCCCGCGACCCCGAAACCGGCAGCCUAAUCGCCUCAGGCCGGCUGUGGGAUUUCACGGAGAAGAUUGCGUCCAGUCGGCGGGAGGGCAAGAAUCGUCGCGAUGGGGCGACUGUGAGUACGCGGGUGUUGAGUUUGACGGAUGCGUUGGGGAGGCAGUUGUUUGAGGAUGCGGUUAGGGCGGAGGAGGAAGGGAAGGGGAAGGGGGGAGGGGCGCCGGCGCGGUUGAGUCGGGAGGAGAAGAGGUUGUUGGAUUUGAGUGUGAGGGAGCAGAAGAGACGGAGGAGGUUGGAGGGGAGGGCGCAUUUGUAG